AAGGAAGUCGAGUGGAAACUAUGGUGAUGGUCACCGUACUGAAGUUAACGGACGUGCGGGCAAGGAAGUGAACUCGCUCAUCUUCUGAGGACGGGGAAGUGCUGACCUUGGGGACAUGUCCAACCAGUCUGCGGAGGUAGGGGAUUUGGUCAGUGUUGACCAGCCCCACGACUCCAACAUCCACCUGUGGGUAGUCAUUGCUAUCAUCUGUGUUAUCAUCUUUAUGGGAUUUGUAGGAAAUGUGAUGGUGAUUGUCGUAGUUAAGACUACUAAAAAGCUUCAGACUGUCUCUAACUACUUCAUCAUCAACCUCAGCAUCUCUGAUUUAAUCUUCGUGUGUUGUGUCCUACCCUUCAACAUCUACACCUUCACUGUGGAUGGCUGGUACAUGGAGGAAUCCCUCUGUAAAUUUGUAGGGUUUAUGGGAUAUAUGCUCACAGGCACAACCAUAAUCACUGUUGUAUUGAUCGCCUACAACCGAUACAAGCUCGUCACCGAUAUGAUGGCAUAUCGACAACUGUACACCAAAACCAAUAUAGCGGCAAUGAUCACCCUUUCAUGGAUACUGCCCGUCAUUUUCCUACUUCCUGCCAUAACGGAAAUAUGGGGGAAAUUCGGCUACGUUCCUAUGAUGGUCACUUGUAACCUGCUUCUGGACCACAACAGUCAGAUGUUUAAAAUCUUCUUACUGGUUGUAAGGGCGGGAAUUCCCUGUGGACUUAUCGUGUAUUUCUACAUCAAGAUAUACAUGACAACCUACAACAGUUCGAAGAGAAUUCUGUCCAACAUGAGACUGCUUAACGCGAUCGACACAAACAGUAUAAAGAGGGAGAUGCACCUGACACGAAUGAUGGUGGUGAUUUUUCUGGUGUUUGCCAUCUCGUACUUUCCUUGUACCGUUACAGGACUGAUCGACUGGAACCACAUCAUGUCCAAGACGUUCCACAUGUUCUGUGCUACCACAGUGUAUAUCGGCAGUGCACUAAACCCUGUGUUGUACGGACUACUCAACCACCAGUUCAGAAAUGCCUAUAUCAAGUUAUUGUGUAGAAACAGACAGCAUGCUCACAGCCCAGUUAAGCACUGACAUCAACUCAGAAACAUCUAUGUGAAAUUGUUAUGUACAUAGUGUGUACAUUUAGAAAUAGACACUUCACUCACAGUAAAAUUCUGAGUCAGUAAGGUUAAAAGAUACUGGUUAAGACAGUUAUAUGGAAACCUCGGAUUAUUUAAUGUGAUGCAAUAUUGUGUUGAUGUUUUGUGUAUGUCACUCCACUUAUUAAGUUUUUGGACCCCCAGGUUCUAUUUAUCGGCUUCAACACAUCAUUAAAUAAUAUAUUAACUUGAGUUUAAUUUUCAAAUACAUGUAUAAUUUUCUGAAAACUUUGUUUUGAAAUAUUUGUGUAAAUACCAACCAGGAAUGAUCACUUUGGUUCCAAGGGCAAGCAUUAAAUAUUACAAUAUCCACAAUUAUAAUGUUACUUUGUCCUUUUAAAAGUUAUGAAACUUGAUACAUGAGCAAAUGAGUCAAGAUUACAGCUUUACGUUUGGAAGAAAAUUUGAACCACUGAUAUAAUGGCAAUUAUUGUGGUAAAUUGUAAUCCAUUAGACACACGUUUUCUGAUAAAACGUUUUUCAUGUCAUUACCAUGGAUACAGUAUGUUAAGAUGUUUAUAUUAUAUCACUGUUACAUUAAGUGUUCGUUUGUUAAGAUUUCCAGUGUUUUAUGUAACAUGCUUAUGUUGACAGAUCUAUUAAAAAUGUUAUCUUUGAAUACGACUUGUUUUCAUUAUUACUUCAUAAUUACAGGAAUCUUGAAUGUAAUAAUAACUUCAUAAUUUAUCUCAAAUUUUGUUUACAGCAACAAAUUUAUAACUGGGCAUGAAAAAAACAAUAAAACCGACAAUUUGAAUAUUGUUUGAAUUUGACAUACAUUUGCAAAGUUCAAUUACCAUCUUAUACUAUCAUAGUAGGUCAGACGACACUUUGUUAGUCAAGUAAACCCAGGGCAAUAACUCUCUUAUUAGUAUCACUAACUAGCAUAGCUGUCACACAUGCAUAGAUUUAAGAUAA